AUGAGAGGGAAGAAAGUCAUGAAAUGGAAUGUUAUAUUUCCAAGUUGUUUCAAGAUUGAGAACCCUACUCCCAAGCCAAAGAAAGUUGUGCCAAAAUCAUCGUCAUCUCCGAGGUUUUCACGGUUGGAUUUAAGCAGUUCAACUAUUUCGGAAAAUCUGUCUAUUUCUUUAGCCGGUUCAAAUCUUCACGUGUUUACGCUUCAAGAACUUAAGGUGAUUACACAGAAUUUCUCAUCAAGUAACUUUCUUGGUGAAGGAGGGUUCGGCCCGGUUCAUAAGGGGUUCGUUGAUGAUAAGAUUAGGCCGGGUUUGAAGGCUCAGCCUGUGGCAGUGAAGCUCCUGGAUUUGGAUGGCACACAAGGGCAUCGAGAAUGGCUGACUGAAGUGGUGUUUCUUGGUGAAUUGAGACACCCACAUUUGGUGAAGUUGAUUGGAUACUGCUGUGAAGAAGAACACAGGCUUCUGGUAUAUGAAUACAUGCCAAGAGGUAGCCUGGAGAAUCAACUCUUUAGAAGAUAUUCAAUGUCUCUUCCAUGGUCAACAAGAAUGAAAAUUGCCAUUGGAGCUGCAAAAGGACUUGCCUUCCUCCAUGAAGCUGAAAACCCUGUCAUCUAUAGAGAUUUCAAAGCUUCAAACAUUUUGCUAGACUCGGAUUACACGCCUAAACUCUCGGAUUUUGGGCUUGCAAAGGAUGGUCCAGAAGGAGACGACACACAUGUCACAACACGCAUUAUGGGCACUCACGGCUAUGCUGCACCUGAAUACGUCAUGACAGGCCACUUAACAGCAGCAAGUGAUGUAUAUAGUUUUGGAGUCGUACUCUUGGAGCUUCUAACUGGCAGAAGAUCGGUAGACAAAACCCGUCCUCACAGAGAACAAAACCUAGUAGAAUGGGCAAAACCAAUGUUAAAGAAUCCUAAGAAACUGCUAAGCAGGUUAAUGGACCCUAGACUUGAAGGGCAGUACCCAGAAAUGGGGGCUCAAAAGGCAGCUUCCUUGGCUUAUCAGUGCUUAAGCCAUAACCCAAAACUUAGGCCACAAAUGAGUGAUGUCAUAAAAAAUUUGGAGCCCUUGAAAGAUCUUAAUGACAAUAUUCCAGUUAGGACAUUUGUAUAUUCGGUUUUCGGGGACAGUGAUUUGGAGAGGGAGAGUGAAAAAAAGGGUAGCAAAAACGGUUAUUAUAAGCAAGAAGGUCAGAUUAAGUCUCCUGAAUCUCGAGUUAUCUUCUCGAUGAAUAGUCUGCAUGAGAACCUAAGAAAAGGGUUGGAUUCACCACUGCACAACGGUUUGAAGAGAGAAUAG